GGAUAAGGAGAAUGAGGAGCAGGCCACUGCAGGGCAUUGAUGUCAGUUCUGGUAAAGCUAAACAAUCCUGGAGGAAGCUGAAAAAGGCCAAGGAGGCUGAGCUGCUGAAAAGAACUCUUUCAGUGCCAGAUGGGGAGUGUUGCAACGCUGCUUCUGGGCAGGACCGUGGACAUUUCUCGUCCUCUCCUCUCCUGGACAGGCUCAGCAAUCCAGGUUCACCAUGCUCACUCAGAACCCUUCGCCACACUGAUCCCAUCUCCAAACGGGGAGUUCCACAAGGGAGUGGAAAAGAAAGCCCCAAUGGGUGCAAAUCUGAGGGCCAGAGAAGAAAGUGUUCACCAAAUGGUCUACCUCUAUUUUUAGAUGACUCUGCAGCCCCACAGCCCAGCCACGCCAGCCCAGUUUCACCUUUGAGCCCCUGCUCACUAGCCACCUUAACUCAUCAGCAUUCACCUUCCUGGACUAGGUCCCAGUCAGUGGCCAGUGAGGGCUUGACUGAGAGCCCCCUACGGCCAAUGAGCCCUAAACCUAACAGCCCUAGGCCAGCAGCUCAACGCAAAAUUUUUCGCUACCCUCACUCUUCAAGGGCCAGUUCUGUGUAUCCUGCUCUUCUGGGUCAAUCAGUCAGCGUUGAGGGAUUGACAGACCCCCCUGAGAGACCCAAGACCCUAAAACCCUCAACUAGCCCUCUGGGUGUCAGCCUCAGCCCUCUGGAUGCAGCGGAGCACAGAAUAGACAGCCAGUCACACAUCAGCCUAUAUGCCACUGGCUUCAUCAGUGAAUUAGAGGGCACACAAAACGGUGGUCGACCAACCAGCCUGUCCAGAACAAGAAAGCUGUUGGAGGUGGAGGGCGAAGGGAAGGCCUCUGUGGUGCUGGGUGGGCUGAGGACUGGCUGCUGGAUGGAUAUGGGCCGCACUGGAGGUGGACAGCAGAGAAGGCAAAACUGUUCAGAUGACCUGUGGAUUGAAGAGCAAAAGAGAUACAAGCGCAAACUGGCCAGAGCCAUCAAGGGGAGCCUGGGCCAACUCAACACGUUGAUAUCUGAGGACAUGGACAAAACUGAUGCUGGAGUCACCUCAGGGCCCAUCAAGGCUUUCCAGGGGAUGCCCCUCAAGGCCCACUGCUUCUCUCAGAGCACCCCCAUCGGUCUUGACUGCCUGGGCUGGAGAAGACGCAUCUCCUGUGCCUCGGUGGUUAUUCCUGAUGGAGCUUCAGAGAAGGCGGGGCUCGGAGACGAGCUGGGAAGCGAAGAGGAUUUGCUUUAUGAAGAGUUUCGCAGUUCUGGACAUCGUUUUGGACACCCAGGAGGAGGCGGAGGGGAGCAGCUAGCCAUCAACGAGCUGAUCAGUGAUGGCAGUGUGGUGUACGCCGAAGCACUCUGGGACCAUGUCACCAUGGACGACCAGGAGCUUGGCUUCAAGGCCGGUGAUGUCAUCGAAGUAGUGGAUGCCACUAACAAGGAGUGGUGGUGGGGUCGCAUCAUGGACAGCGAGGGCUGGUUUCCUGCAAGCUUUGUGCGGUUGCGUGUGAACCAGGAUGAGCCCAUGGAGGAGUAUCUGGCCCACCUGGAGGAGGCGCACACGGGAGAGGAGGACCAGGCAGGACUGGGCUUGUUAUUGGGACCUGGUUUACCCUGCAAAGAGCAGAUGAGAACUAACGUCAUCAAUGAAAUCAUGAGCACGGAGAGAGACUACAUCAAGCACCUGAAAGACAUCUGUGAGGGUUAUAUCAAACAGUGCCGCAAGAGGACAGACAUGUUCAACGAAGAGCAGCUUCGUACCAUCUUUGGCAAUAUUGAAGACAUCUACCGAUUCCAGAGAAAGUUCCUGAAAGGCCUGGAGAAGAAGUUCAACAAGGAGCAGCCGCACCUCAGCGAGAUAGGCUGCUGCUUCCUCGAGCAUCAAACAGAUUUCCAGAUCUAUUCAGAGUAUUGCAACAACCACCCCAACGCCUGCGUCCAGCUCUCUAAGCUGAUGAAAGUCAACAAGUACGUGUUCUUCUUUGAAGCCUGCCGGUUGCUCCAGAAGAUGAUCGACAUUUCCUUGGAUGGCUUCUUGCUCACUCCAGUCCAGAAGAUCUGCAAGUACCCAUUGCAGUUAGCUGAACUGCUCAAAUACACCAACCCACAGCACAGAGACUAUAAAGAUGUGGAGGCAGCCUUGAAUGCCAUGAAGAACGUGGCAAGGCUGAUCAAUGAGAGGAAACGGCGCCUUGAGAAUAUUGACAAGAUCGCCCAGUGGCAGAGCUCCAUAGAGGACUGGGAGGGUGAAGACGUCCUGAGCAGGAGCUCUGAUCUCAUCUUUUCAGGGGAGCUGACCAAGCUGUCCCAGCCUCAGGCCAAGAGUCAACAGAGAAUGUUUUUCCUCUUUGACCAUCAGAUGGUGUACUGCAAAAAGGACCUACUGCGCCGGGACAUGCUGUACUACAAGGGUCGUAUGGACAUGGACCACAUGGAGGUGAUAGAUGUGGAGGACGGCAAGGAGAAGGACUUCAACAUCAGUGUGAAGAACGCCCUGAAGCUGCGGUCGCUAGCCGGCGACGAGGUCCACCUCCUGUGUGCCAAAAAGCCUGAGCAGAAACAACGCUGGCUCCGAGCCUUUGCUGACGAGAGGAGACAGGUCCAGCAUGACCGCGAGACAGGCUUCUCUCUCACAGAGGUCCAGAAGAAACAGGCCAUGCUGAAUGCCUGCAAAAGCCAUCCAGCUGGGAAACCCAAAGCGGUGACCAGACCUUACUACGACUUCCUCCUGAGACAGAAACACCCCUCUCUCCCCACUGCUUUGCCCCAGCAGCAGGUCUUCAUGCUGGCCGAGCCCAAGCGCAAAACCUCCACCUUCUGGCACAACAUUGGCAGACUGACACCAUUCAAGAAGUAAACGAAAAAAAAAAAAAUCUGUGAGAAGUGAGAAGGAAAGCUGUGGAGAGAAGUAAUAGAGGAGGAGAAAGAGAAGAGCUCUCUGCUCGUGCCUGAAUAGACCCUUUUUAAUUAUUCCUCUGUUUUCUUUCCUAUUCGUAACAUUGCCCUAAUUGAUAUACUGAUUUAUUGUAUAGAUGAGGAUGAUUAUGAUGAGGAGAAGAUUAUUUUUUGAAAGCACUUUAUAGGUUGGUUAACAAUCAAACUUGAGAAUGGUCUCCUGGAGACACUGAGUCGAACAGGGAGAGUGGACUUUUGCUUAACUUACUACUACUAUACCUUCAAUCAAGCGCCGAUUGGUACUAAUAUUACUACUGUACUGCUGCGAGCGAGCGUGGGACUCCUGACUGUGCUGCCUCUGUGAAGACGUUGCCUGUUGACAAAACCAUGUCGUUCAUUUCCACUGUUCUGUUAUUUUAUGAUUUGACAGAUGCCAACUGCUCACAGUGCCAGAUGAUUUGUUUUUUGUAUUUGUUUGUUCUAUGUCUGCUUAUGAAAAAAAAAGGGAAAACCGAGGAGGGGGGGGGUAAAGUUUUCUUGUGCUUCUCUUUGUGCAAAUAUAUAAUUUCAGGAUCAUUUCAGCUGGGGGUUUUUAAGUGUUCUGUGAUCUCCAUCCACCAGGAUUUGUUUCUGUAUUUCUCUGGUGCAUUUGUGGUAUUGUGCAAACACUCGAUAAAAGACAUAAAUGCAGCCCAAAGAAGAUUCAACUCAUCUGAGAUAAGGAGCUUUUUAUUCAGACAAACAGCAGCAACCCACACUCUCCGGCAACACACAUUCCUUGAGUCUGAUCCUCGACUCUUCCUUAUACCUACCGUGUCAAUGAAAGUAAACAACCUGUCCUUUUUUCUUUCUUUCUUAAAUUUUUUCUUUUUUUUUGAAGUGCCAUUUGAAGUGUGCCAUGGAUGACUUACAAUGACAUGCAUGGAUGUGUUGAAAAAAAUACUGUGAAGAAUAUUUUUUUUAUCUCUGAAGAACCCAGCUAUAUUUAACCAGAUUCGGAAACUGAGGUUUCAUCGUGCUACUAGGCUGACAGCGUCUCACACAUGCACAGACACGAUUACACAGACACACAUACAUGCGCGCGCACACACACACACACACACACACACACACACUCAUACACAGAUGUUCUUUUCUCUACCUGUACUUCUGAUAUCCAGUAUUCCUGCUCUGUGUAUCUGGUCUCCAGUAUAAUCUCAUUUCAAAUCAAUGCAGCCCAGUGAUAUUGCUCUGUAAGUGCAUUCAGUGAAAUGUACUCCGUUCACCUUUAUGUUCAAAUGUUUUAGCUUCUGACGAUAUGGAAUAUUAAACAUUCCUACGCUGACAAA